ACUCGACAAGACAUUCUAUACCAAUUGUCGCCUCGCUCAAUUCCUGGUCGCAUCAUCUUCUUUUGUGGGUAUGAAGUAUAGCAGACCAUGUUACUCAGCCGGUUGGACGUGAAAACACUCAGUCAAUGCUGCAUGCUGCCAUAAACAUCAAUAAAUUCAAUUCAUAACGCGCCUCGACGCUCGAAACUCGUCGACAAGUCGUCGCGGCCAUGUCGCACUACGAUGAGGCAUCCAACUUCUCCGACUUCAGCUCCCUGGACGGCUCGGACGAAUUUGGUCGCAAACUGCUUCAGCAUACAAAAGACGCCCAGCGCAUCCAGACCUUGACCCAGUCGCAAGCCUUUAGGAAAGCUAAACCUCUGCCUCGCGCCGCUCUGAACCUCGACAACCUCGAACGCAACAAUCUUCACAAUCCUUCUUCAUACUCUCCCGAACCACACCAUCCUGCUAGUGCCUCUGGCUCUACCGCCUCCGACCCGCCCUUGAACCCGCCGCGAGCAUGGGGAAGAAAAGGAAGACCCAAUCACUCCUGGAUGCGCUCCAUUCAUGAUGAGGGUCCGAGCAACAUACAUUCAAGUCCCAACAUAGACUGGGCCGAUGCUGCGAAUGCUUCCUUGCACUCGCCGCCUCAUGUCUCUCCAGCCCAGAGACGCGCCCACGUCGUGUCGAAGCAGGCCAUAGUCGAACAGCAGGACAGCUAUAUUGAUCAAUGGGACCCAGACCAGGAUUUCAGUGCUGCCUCCCUGCUGGUCUCCACGCCUGGCGUACCCUCGCGAUCCCGUUUGACCAUUGAUCAAAUUCGUGAGCGCGAAAUUCACACAUACGAGAGCCGCGCCACAUCGUCCACACGCCGCCAAGCACACCAGCAGUCGACAAAUGAGACAAUAUCGCUUUCGCAGCGAGACAGAUACACUGCACCUAGCUCGGCCCAAGGACUCAGAAGGUCCGUCUCCAACAAGGAGAACAUCCCACAAGAACCACGACAUUCCGCGCGCUCCCUUUACAAGACGGUCGAAGCCUCAGCAUCCAUGCCUUCUAUUACUCCACGACCCGCACAGCGAAAGACAGACUCCCUGGCAUUGCUUAAAAGGCUGUCAAGGACUCCAAGUGCUUCGCCCUCACCUACCUCUGCCCAAAAUCCUGCGCUAGUCAACAUUGCUAGCCGCCAGGAAACUGCUUGGUCGGAUAAACACCCGAAACAAUCUACGCGAUCGCUGUUCAGAGGCGACUCUCCACAAGCUCCUGAAGUUGUCAGAGGGCCUGAACUUGUCUAUGUCGAACAAGGAGACUCGUCGCAAGCGCCAGAAGUAGUAGAGAUUCCAGAGCCUAGAGGCCCAGAACCUGCGUAUUCAGAACCUGCCUCUUCAGAGCCUUUGGUCACUCCUUCACGGCCAGCCGAGCGACAACUGCCUGCGAAAACACCCGUAGUCAUGGGCGCCUGGGUCGAUACGCCACAGACUGCCAGGCAAUCGAGCGCCUCUACAACAACUCAGACCAAACGUCAAACGUCCGACUCCCUCCAACCAAUUGCAGAAAGUUCCCAUCAGCGAACAAUCAGCGAGCCGAAUCUUCCAGCCUCUGCCUUGGACGCCGUCCUCAAGGAUAUUCGCGAUGGCAAGAGAAGGGAAGAGGACGAUCCCACGCUUGGCGAUUCUACUAUUGCCAGUUUGGAGGAGGUGAUGGCUCCAUCUGCUGAUAAUACCAUGAGGCUUGAUCUUCCCGACGUACCUUCUGCUCAGCCGGAGUCUUCAAAGUCUGCCGAAAAGCAGAACACGACUCAUACAGACAACGAGAAAAGGCCCCAAGGACAAGAGAAAGAAGCGGUAGACACAGCACCAACAUCACAACAAGAUAGGGACCUUCGGCAGAGAUGGUUUGCUUUAGAAGGUCUCAAGAAACGAAUGGGAGGCACAAGUGCCAAAGCAGAACCCAAACCACAAGCCAAACACAAUACUGCGUUGGAUGAAGCUAUUGCAUCCGCAUCCACAGGUUCCAAACCUCGAAUGAACAACGUCCAAAACAUUCAUCAGCAUACGACAGGCACACAGUGUGCUCAAUGUGGUCGUCCAACCAGUGUGCUUCGCGCUGCCUGGAACGAGUACUGGGGCUGGUAUUUCCGUCGCGAUGCUCGAGCACCUUUGGGCUUCCGACUCACCUGGCUCGGCCUAUUAUGCACAACGUUCUGGACCUGGCUCCUCACCGAAUGGAUCCUCAGCUCCAUUGUCAGCCCUCCCAGAUACGCGACUAGAAUGCGCGGAUAUGGUGUAGAUCCACACGCGCCACGUUUCCCCUAUGUUCUGCCCACUCUGGCAUCACGGCCCUUGAUGCCGAUACUAUCACCACUUGUAUCUUCAACAGUGUGGUUGUGGAAAAUCGUUGUGGGCCAGCAGAAAUACAAGUACUACCCUGCUAGUCCUGGCGCUUGGGGUUCGGCUGCGAAAGUCAAGAUCGGACCUCCGGGGCCAAGGUCAGCGUACUACGCGAGUAGUAAUGCUGCGGAUGAUGUACAAUGGAGGGAAGAGAGCACGGCGCAGGCGUGGCAUACUGGAGAAAGUGCUCAGAAAAUACAUACUUGGAGUGAUAGUCAAGCUUGGGAAGCAGAAGGCAGUAUGCUUGAUGAUGAGCUUCUUCUCUGAGCAGGCCACUCUUGCAUUGGAUUGAUUGCAUAGCGUUUUGACAUAGCGAGCUGUUUUUAUUUUUUACUUUGGGUCAGAGUUGUACGUUGUACCUGUUGGAUAUAUGAGUCUGAGCAGGAUAACUCUUGCAUUGGAAAUCUACUGCAUCAAGCGUGCCUUCCAAUCCG